CGGCAGCCAACCCACCAGGCCAAAAUAAUCCAGAUCAUGAACUUCAUAGAGACAGACAAGAGCGGUGCCGCACCACCCACACCAUACGACAGCCAUGACAACAUACGUGCGAACCGCCCACGCCGUGCACGUCUCUCUCUGGAUCAAUUGGCCUCCGUCGGCUUCGGCGGCCUGCGCAGCUCGCCAGACACAGGACCUGCAAACAGACAGACAGAUGCACACAGACACAUUUUAAGAGGUAAACGAACCCUACCCUUUGGUGGCCCCUUCGGCUGCGCGUCACCCUUCUUCUCUCCCGAAUCAGCGGCAUUGUGGGUCUUGGCGAAGGACUGGCUGUCCCGCCACUCAUCGAAGCCCGCCUCCGACUGCCACUCGGUGAACGAAGUGUGCGUCACCUCGACCACAUCCGCUGCUGCUGUGGAUGCACGCCGGAUGGGGGCUCUUUGAUGGCACGCCCAUGGCGGGCGGGAGAGGCAGCCGACGGAGAAGCAUGAACUUGCGAAACGCUGGGAAUGACGGGAGGUUGCGGUCACGGGUCUGCAUACAAAGUACCAAUGGUCUGCAAUGGGGACAUGGACAAGUGCAUUCCGCACUCGUGUCGAUCUGCACGCACUCUCCAUCUCUCCUCAAAGGGAUAUUGGCUGCCCGCGGCCACAGCAAACCUGUACACCAGAACCUGACACCGUCAGCCAAUUGGCACGCCCGUGUGGACCUGUUCGUGGCGAUGAAGGCACCUGAGCUUGUCGGCCUCCCUUUUGCUCGACAAGACCUACAAAUACAGACAUACGGAGUCGUCCAGCCCGAGCCGCCCCUUCUUUCCUUUGUGACGGGCGGCCACGUGGCUGUCUGUAGAAAACGCCCAUUCGUCCUCCUUCCUCCUUCGUUCCUCCUCUCUGCCUGGCUAUCGCCUUCUUCUCAAUAGCAUUGACAGCGCACUUACCCACACUCGAUCUCUCACACUCGCCAGGGACGAUAUGUUAGUUACAUACCCUCAC